AUGUCCCUCCCCCCAGAACAAAUAAACAUCAAACGCCGCCGCGAAGAAGAACCAGUGGAAACACUCUAUAUCCAAUCUGAACUCCACCAGACAAAACGCCGCUUCACAGACUUCGUCUUCCAACGAGUUACCAUCAGUGGCAAAGAUGGGUCUCGUGUUGGCGGCGACGGCGACGGCGACCAGGAUUCGGGUAGUUCCUCGCCAGCUAUCCCCCCGCCUGGACGGGUGCUGAAGACACCCAGGUCGGUGAGUAGUUUGAAAGUCGCGAAGGGGCCAGGGGGGAAUCCCUUUGCUGGUCUGGGUAUUGGGUGUGGGAAUGGCGCUGCUGGUAGUGCUGGUGGUGCUGGUGGGGUGCCGUUGGUACGGGCUACGUCGCCGGGUGCAGAGCUUAAAGAGGAGAGGCGUCUUGCGGCGGCGAGGAGGGAGAAGGAGGAGAAGGUUAAGAGGGCGUUGCAUUCGUCUGCUCCUGAACAUGUACCCGCGGCUGGUCCUGGGUUUGGGGCUGCGCCUGUACCGGUCAAAGCUGAAUCCGAAUCUCCUGCGGCUGCAAGUCGGAGUAGGAGUGGGCGUGCUAGUCCGGCAUCCGCUGUUUCUUCAUCUGAAAAGGGAGGGAAGACGGGUGUAUCCGCGUCAGUACGCCGCUUCCAAAUCUCGCGGUCCGUGGAUCUCCGUCGGAGUGUGGAUGGAGGCAUCCAGAAGCGAAAGGGGCAAUCGGGAGAUGCUGUGGCAGUUCUUGUUGAAAAGUUAAGAGGAAAGUCGCAUUCGCGAAAGGCGUCGAUGGUUGUGGAUCAUUUAUCGCAGGCGGGCGAUGGUGUGAAGGCUGCUGCUGCCGCUGCGGUAGAGGAGCCCGCACGGCCUAGGAAACGGCCAGUCGUGAACCAGGCUGAGAAGAAGUGGCGGGAGGAGAGGAAGAAUGCGAUUUCCGCUGCGAAACAAAACAUCUCGCACGUAAUGGAUAAAGGAGAGGAUGAAUCGGAGCGACUGGCAAAGCAGUUUGAACAGAUUGCUCUGGAGCUGGAUGGUGAUGGUGACAGUGCAGUCAGGGAUACAGAAAUGAACAUAGCACCCGCACCAAAAUCAUAUCCAACACAACCAAAGCCACCACUCAAAUACCAACCCCGAACACCAACAAAAUCUCUUCCAGCAGAGACCAAAACUCCCUCCAAAUCACCUACCGAACACAAAACCGGCGAAGCAAUCGAAACCGACUCAGACAGCGACGAAGACUACGUCUACGACGUUUACAUCCGCAAACCCCUCCCAGAAGCCGGACUCUUCUCCAACCCCCUUACGAACCUCGAAACCGACCAAGACUCAUGGUUCCGCCAGAAUGGCAUCGACACGACACGCCAGGACAUUGGUGUCAUCGUCAUCACGCAGGAAGAUGAGGGAUAUUGGGAGAACUUUGUCGAGAGUGAUGAUGAUGAGGAGCAGUGGGAUGAUGAAGAUGCUGAUUCGAAUGCGGAAAAUAACCCCGCAAACGAUUACCCUGACGAAGAACUCUCCUGGGACGACGAGGAUGAUGACCCGUCAGCUGUGUAUGGGAGAUACCGCCAUCAUGCGGUUUCUGACGACGAGGAGUUUGAUUUCGAUGAUUCUGCGAGUGAGGGGUAUGGUGCGAGUAGCAGGAGGUAUGGACGGUUCGGGUAUACGCAGGAGUACUCGGAUGAUGAGGAUGGGUAUUAG